AUGAGCUACGAGGGCCCUCAAGAUGCCUCGGCUCUGAGGAUCAACUCACAGUUUACAACGCAAGCAUCCAAGCAGUACCGCACCGGCUUCCUCUAUGGUUGUCCGCUCCAAUCAUCGCCAUCCUCAUCGGCGAAAACGCUGCCUUGGCUAAAGUUCUACGCAGAGCUCCAAGGAAGAACUCUAAAGCUUUAUAAGAUCGCAGUUGAGCUAGCUGCACUUACUUAUGUCUCCAGCCCGUCUGCAAACUCAAUCUGCCAGGCGGAACUCCGGCCAACUUCGCAGAUCAUAGAGAAGAUUAAGAUGGCAGACACAACGCCAGUCGAUAUCGACGUUACUACCACACUAGCAUUUGCAACUUCCAUACCGCAGUACGAUGCUGAAGAAGGUCACGCUCUACCACCACCUGUACCUUAUGACUCGUUUUUCGUAUUGACUGGCUUCCCAAGUCGGUUCAAGAGUGGACUAUAUCUAGCUGCUCCAAGCUCAUUAGCAUGUAAUGCAUGGAUAGCAGCAUUUGCACUCGUGAACUUCGAACUGGCCAAGCUCAAUGAAUACUAUACCCUCAAUUUGCUCAAGGACCCACCCUUCUAUCAUAUUUGGGACUCUAUGAGGAUGACACCAUUCAAUACGGCCGUGUACACGAGCAGGAUCACCUUCCAGGGGUUGCUGGAUGUAUUACUUCCAUCAGAUAAUUGGAAGACAAUGUACGCUGUCUUAAUUGGACCUCCAGCAGAGCCACGUAGAGGCAGUCAGAAGAAUCGAGGAGGGCAUAUUGCUCUUUAUAAUAGCAAACGAGACUUCAGAAUGGGCAAACAGAGCGUGUAUAUUCAUCAUGUAACUCAAGCAUAUGGAAUCUAUCCCACAGCUGCCCCUGCCAACAUUGGAGACUGCAAAGGUGUAUUUCGAAUUGAGGGAUGUGUAUGUCUCUUUGCAGACAAACCUGUAGCAAAAGGACUACGAGGCUCAAUGCUCAGAUCGCAAUCGAUGCCGUCACUAGUAGCAGCUGGCCAAGAAGCCGAACAAUUGGGUCAACCACGAAAGUCUGAUGUAGAAACCGCCGAUGAAGAAUAUUGUGGAUUGUACUUUAGAGCCCCCAAAGGAUCCUUCGAAAUGGCACAAUGGAUUGUAGCAUGCAUGGGCGCUUUUGACAUCGAUGCAGACCUCGUGAAAAGGGAUCGUGGAAUAGCAGGUGGUGAGUGUGGGUUGCUGGGAAAAGACAGCCAGUUAAGCGCAUCUGGAAUGCCAGCCGCUGUUUCUAGCAAUACAACAACCAGCAACUCGGCAUGGGGUCUGCUCUUCCUAUCAACGCCGGAAGUGGCUGGUAUUGAUAUGAGAUAUUUGGCGAUGGCAAUGAUGAGACGGGAGAUUGAGAAUGUAUUAGUGGAUAAGUGUGGUGCAAAGCAGGCUGGACAUCUCGGAUGGUGGAAUUCCACAAUCAAGAAGGAAUCUUUCGUAAGACAAGGUAUAGAGUGGAAGGAGGUUGAAGCAAGAGCAAAGGAGUUUGUCAUGUGGUUGAAGGCUGAGAAACAAAUAUUGCCACCAAGCCCACCUACCACUCCAGACGGUGGUCGCAAAGCACCUCCACGAACUGCCUCGCUUAUAGAUAUCAAAGCGACCUCUGCGCUGGUACCAUCAUCAUCACCAUCGCCGCUUCCUGAUAUCCACACUGGAUUUUCAGUGAGUGUUGAAGAAAUAGAACAACGAGUGUCUUUAUCAGACGAGGAAGAUAGCAUUCUACCAGAAUCAGUAGAACCCGAUGUGAUGACACCCAAAGAUCCAAACGCUGUAUUUUGGCACGAUGCCAAUAGUUAUUCAGUAGUGGUGGAGGCAAUCCAUGAUGACGGAUGGCGUGGAACCAUCCCUGCCUCGCAUCUUUCGAAUGGAACGUGGGUCGCAACACCAGCACGAGGAGCUCGUGUUGGUUCCAAGGUAGCAUUCAGUUUUGUCGUCAAUGAUAAGAAACAAACCAGUGGUGACUAUCCGACCAGCUCUGGAGGAGAAGAGGGACUGAUGAACUGGAUUGUAGUUGAACCCGGCCCAAACACACGCCCACUCUCAAAGUCAGCAGCAGAUUACGAGACACUAGAGGAGGAACUCAAGACUGUCCCUUCAAUGGUAUCUAUAGUAGAUUCCGAGUCUAAUAGCUCAGGCUCCUCCGAUUCGUCACCACCACAACAGGGUGAUGUCGAUGUGAUUACUCCUAUCGUCGCGGCCGAUAAUGUAUCUCUGAAUUCAACAUGCUCGUCACCAUCAGCUCGUACGCCAGCUCGACUCAUGACCCCGAGAGUAUCUACUGGAUCGUCGUCGAAUGGUGAUACGUCUCUUCGUCGAAGGGUCAAGUCUUGGUUGUCGGCACCAAGCUACAAGUACGCUAGAAAUCCAGAUGCUCCUUCUGAUGGCACUGCGUCUAGCAGCAGCGAAGGAACAGGAAGAAGUCACAGUCUUGAUGAAGGGACUAGCGGACCAGCAACGCUGAUAAAGGGCAGCCCCAGGAUGAUUAUAGAACCAGAAGUAACAGGAGCUAGCGUCAAGAAACGUCAUUCGCUGGCAGACUUGAUAAGGGAGGUUGUCGGAAUGAACAACAGCAACACCAAUGUUAAGAAUUACAACAACAGCAACAACAAUAACAACAACAACCAGUCGCAACAACAGUAA